CUUGAUUUAAAAAUUAUAAAGGUGUUACUCACAGAGAAUUGUGUAUAAUGUUAGACGUCUUAGGUGUUGCAAUGUUUCGUUUCGUGAUAUAUACCAUGCUUCUAGGACUGUGCAAAGGUGAACUACUUUGCGAUGAUUUCUCGUGCUUCUUUGGAGGUGUGUGCAAUUUCACUUCGCCAACCGAUUCCCACUGCGCAUGCCCGGAAAUGACGUGUAACAGCGGGAUGCCGGACGUGGAAGUUUGUGGCGAUGAUGACGUCACAUAUGCUAAUUAUUGCGAUCUGGAACGUCGAAGAUGUUUAACACAGAGGACAAUCUAUAUACAAAGCGUUGGGGCUUGUGAAGCUGUUGGAACAUGUACGACAAAGUACGACUGCAUGCCAAACGCUGAGUGCUUAAGAGGGGAAUGCAUUUGCAUCGAAUGCCCCGACGUCUCGGCUAGAAGAGUGUACUACAACGGUAGACCUGGCCAUGGCCGUACUUCGCGUUUGGUUAAGAGGAGCUCUGUUUGUGGCACCGACGGUGUCACUUACGCGUCACCCUGUCACUUAAGAUAUGUCGCCUGCAAGAAGGAAAUCCCGCUCGAAAUUUUACGAAGAGGAGUUUGUCGUCACGACAGGCGCUCUGUGGCUACAUCAGGCAGAGCUCUAACCGAUGUUGAGCUGCUUGACACUCGCGUGUCAUCAAGAUCCAAUAUACAACUUGUCAACUGUUCAAUUAUUAAGUUUAACCAUUGCGUUUCUCGAAGACACCCAAGGCUCUACUAUAUGGGAGAAUAUGAGAUCACAGGACAAACGCAUCUCAAUGCUUCUGUUUAUGCUUUAAGAACCCCAGGGUCAGUUAAUCCCUCAAGUGAGAGUCAACUCUUCGAUUAUCCAGUUUUCCUCUCCCGCUUCAAAGCAAGUCGUCAGAAACCAGGCGGAUGGCUGGUGGGGUCAAAGAUUGGGAGUCGGAAGGGCUGGCUGGGUGUUUCGGAUCCAGCCUUGAACCCAAAGGACGUGACAGGCAAAUGGAGGUCAACGACAAAAGGGUCGCAACGAUCAUGGAGAGCAGAACCCACUAUUAGUGUUGAAUGCAAGAAAUUAAAUGAGGAGACAGAACCAGCAUGUGAAGAUCAUUUUAACCUAAAUUUACCUUUGAAAUCAAAUUGGCAACGAAGUUAUCCAAGAAAACCAAUUUAUGUUCUCAAAUUUAUACGAGUUACGAAGAAAGGGAACUACAGACCACGAAGAAAAUUCACACUUCAAAUUUCUACGACUUCAAAAUGGAGACGGUUCAGUGCGUAUCAAAUUAAAAUCACAACGGAAAGAGAUUCGUGUGGAGUGCCAAUGCUUGCAGACAGGAAAUCAAAGUCCACACACACGCAACAUUGUGGUGGAAAGGUUUUGUUCCACAAAAACAAAUCAAAGAAAAUGUUGAGACAGAAAAUAAGAUUUAAAGCUCCGUUUGACGGGUGUGUUUGGUUUCGAGUUUCGGUUGUGUCUGUAAAAAGGUUUAUGUACGAAGAUGACAACCUAGUUCGGAAAAUUUGUGCAAAACACCGUUGACAAAGACGUUUUUAAAAUUGUCUUGCUUUUUGCUGCUUGAUAUUCGCCAUGCAAAAUGUGGAUAAAGCUUGGGGGUGUUUAUCACGCCGAAAAGGAAAUAGUAGGCUAUAUAUGUGCCAUGGCUGUAUUGCUGUAAGAAGUGUGUGGCACUUAUUUUAAGGAGUUUGGACAAACUUACCCGUUUUCUGUUGCUUAUUUUUAUCUAUGAACUUGGUUCCACGCCAUGUAGUGCCCUUUUAUUGUUUUUAUUCUUCUUGAACGCACUGUAAAAUAUUCCCGCUUGUCUUGCAUGUUUCAGUCUAUAAACAAGCUGUUUGUCAGAGUUUUUCAAUAUUUGUGCACUCUUUUGAUUGUAUGUAUAGAAAAUGUGUUUUGUGUGAAAUAGGUGAGUUUUUAACUUU